ACUAAUUUGCAACUCUGUUUUUUCAACUUUUAUCGACAAAGAACCAAAAAAGAUACUUCAAUGGCGCAAACUACUGUAACUGUUGUGGCAACCAAACGCGAUGCUCUUGAUCCUUACAUCAAGAUUCUUCAGAAUCGAUCAAACGACAUCGAUGUCUCUUUCUCCUCGUACCUCAAGCCAGACAACAACGAACAACGACAAAAAGAACCUGAAGAUGCUGAGCUAAGCAUAUUCGAAGCUCGAAGUUACUUUAGCGAAAACGGAAGCAACGAUAGAUGCCAGACGAGGAAUCUUAGUGGUCCAAGAUUCUCUUCGGUUUCAUCUGCAAAAGUGUCUUCUUGUACCGUAGGUCACACGGCAUCCUCUGAAGCUAGCUGGAACAGCCAAACCGGUUUGCUCUCUAACAAAAACCGCCAAGGAUCGGACCGAGAUGGACGUGGAACCAGCAAGAAAGGACCCAGAUGGUUUUUUAGACGCAGGGCUUGUCCCUGUUCUAGCUCUAAAUCGGUUCAAGUCCAAGAAUCCAAACCAAGAAUCGCAGUGCCUAAAACCGAUUCUGACCGAGCCGUCUCUAACCGAAUCGUUCAUCAUCAGACGAUAUCUUCGCCUGAGCCAAUAAGAUUAACGAUCCCUUCAAACACUGUGACUAGGUCCAUCGAUUACACCGCAAACAGAGAAGCUACAGCUCCAGUUAGUAAAUUUAGCUUCCCAACUCUAAAGGAAACUACACAAUCAUCAGAGAAACCGGCUCUUAACCCGAUCAAACCGGGUCUAAAUCAAAUUGAACCGGCUUUGCAUCCGAUUAAACCGGUUCUGAAUCCCACUAGUCCUAAGGGAACCAUCAUAGCUGACGAGGAAGCCACGAGCGACGCUAGCUCCGAUCUCUUUGAGAUAGAGAGCUUCUCUACUCAACCAACAGCUCGUCCAUGGGUCCAACCCGCAUCCCGAGACUCGAUAGACGAGACCAUGUCCGAGUAUGGAUACGAGCCGAGUGAAGCGAGUGUUACAUGGAGCGUUAUGACCGCGGAGCCAGCCUCGGCGGUUGCGGCUAACUUAUCCAGAAUUGGUUUGUCGUCGUCUUCGUCGCUUGAGUUUAGCGGUUNGAUUCGGAUCGUGUUUUUUGGAUCGGGUUCGGAUCGGAUAUUCGGAUCCAGGUAUUUUGCCCAGGCCUAA